AAAAGAUUUCAUUUUUGGCCAAAUGGCAAAUAUGAUUUUAGUCUUCUUUAAGCCUUUGAAGCAUUUGGAAUGGCUUCUCUUAAAUUGCUAAUAGCCGUUUUAUUGGCAAUUAUAUCUGCUGUAUCAUCUGCCGGAGAACAAAGUCUUUUAAAAAAAUUAAAAGAAAAUCAAUUAAGCUUAAAAGAUAAUCGUCAUGUUAUUGUGGAUAUUCCAAAUGUGGGAAAAGUUCGAGGACGUGUUACCCAAACUCAUUGGACAAGGAAAGUCUUGUAUCAAUUUAUUGAUAUAAAAUAUGGUGAAUCACCAUCUGGAUUAUUGAGAUUUAAACCUUCGAUUCCGGCUAAGCCAUGGAAAAAAGUUCGUAAAGCCUUUACAUCUCGACAAGGAUGUCCAUCAUUGCAAGAUGGAAUAGAUCAUAAUGAGAAAAAACAGAAGGAUUUGGAAGAUUGUCUUUCACUUUCAGUUAGCACAAAGUCGUUCAAAACCAAAUCUCCAGUAAUGGUCUACAUUCAUGGAGACUUUUUGUACGAAGGAAGCUCUUUGGAGGCUCAACCUGGCUACUUAUUAGAAGAAGAUGUAGUCUUAGUAUCAAUUCGUUAUCGUCUUGGACCUUUUGGCUUCCUUUCCACACAAUCCGAAGAUAUUCCUGGAAAUGCCGGUGUUAGCGACGUUAUCCUUGCUCUUCAAUGGAUUCAGAAAAAUAUCGAAGCACUCGGAGGUGAUCCAUCUAAGGUGACACUUUUCGGCCAAGUUGGUGGAGCUGCCUUGAUAAACGUCCUCACAAUGAGUCCUGCAGUUCCUAAAGGUCUAUUCCAUCGUGUUAUCUAUCAAUCUGGUUCAGCUUUAUCACCGGCCUUCAUUACCGACGAUCCAAUGAAUGCUACCAAAGAUAUUGCUAAACAUGGUGGAUGUAAGAAUCUUGACGAAAUCGAUGCCUUGAACAACUGUCUUAAGAAUAUGAAUGUUAGCACUUUGUUGGUGGCAUUUGGAACACAUGGAAGUUAUCAUUCGAAUAUGGGUGUCGGUAAUUUUGGUGGUGUUCAAUUUGUAAUUGGUGGACCGAGUGGUAUUUUGCCAGAACAUCCUGGAAAAUUAUUGUCGGCCGAAACAUAUCAGUCUUAUCCAACAAUGGGAGGGACGGUUAAGAAUCCUGGAUCAUUUUUAUUAAAUGAAAUUUUCGUUCAUAAUUUCAAUGAGACAAUUUUGGAUGAUAUCUUCGAUGCUAAUGGAUAUAUCAACUAUAUUAUCGCCCAGACUAAUGGUGCCGAUCCAACUUUGGCAUGGAAGAAGUUUGCCGAAAAUGAGCUUUUUACCAAGGAACAAAUCAAAAAUGGAAGUUUUUAUGGAUUACUUCCGGGAUUGAUUGAUAUGUGUGGAACAAUUGCAUUUAAAAAUCCAGUUCUUUUGGCAAUGCAGUCUAAUGCUCAACAUCUUGCUAAUAAUACUUUCCUCUACAGUUUCGAUUAUAUUGGUGAAUCGAAUCGAUAUGAAAGUUCAGAAGAUGGUGAAUUUGAUGUUACACCAUUUGACUUAGGAGUUUCUUUAACCGAUGAGAAUUUGUAUUUAUUCCCAUGGCCAUGGUAUGCUUUGUUAACAAACAAUCGUGAUAUUAAAAUUGCCAAACGGAUGGUAGCAUUAUGGACUUCUUUUGCUACAACUGGUAAACCUUCGGCACCAGGAAUUCCUGAAUGGCCAGCAAUGACUAAUGAAACUGGACCGUAUUUGAAGAUUGGCAGUACUGUAACAAUUGGUGAUAACUUUUUGGAUGAAUAUUCGAUAACAGUUAAAGAGACUAAGAUUGGAUAUAAUCUUGUUAAUGAUGAUUAUUUUGAUAAUUUGGAGAUUAUUGGUAAUGAAGAGGGUAGUGGAAGUGGAGACAAUGUAGAGGAAGGUAAUGAAGAAGAAGAAGCAAAUGUAAAGCCGUUGGUACAUUCUUCAAGAAAACCAAAAACAAAUUAA